UGUUACCUUUAAUGUUUGGACUGUGGUAUGACUGCUACUGCAGCGCUCUACUGCCAUGCUCAUAGUAUUUUAGUUUCAAAAAACUUAGAUGCCCCUCGACUUUUUUUGUUAAAGUGAAGUCAAGUGCCCAUUUUGACUCUUUAAGCUUAUGGAGAUUUUUGGUGGAUGUGUUUUCCUUUAGCUGUUUCUGAACACUUUGUUUCUUUAACCAGUUCUAAUUGUUUACUUUCCGUUUGCUUUCUUUGAAAUUGAGGCUAGUUGAAUUAUUUUUUUCCUUAACACUGCCUUUGCUGCCUCCCAAAGAGUAAUUGAUGAGAUAUUGUCUAUAUCAUUAAGUUCCAAAUAGAGAACUAACUCAUCUCUGAGCGUAGCUUGAACUGCUGGAAUCCCCAUCAGGGAAGAAUUUAAACUCCAGAUGCUGGAGGAGACAGUUCGCCCCUCAUCCCAUUCCACCAUUACAGGUGCAUUAUCUGACAAAGUUAUAAUAUGGAUCAGACAAUCCAGUGCUCUGAAUGAUGCAUUGCUUGGGAUAAAAAAUAAUCAAUCCAAGAAUACAUGGGAUGAGGAUGGGAGUAAAACUUAUAGUCCGUAUCCCUCAGGUGUAUUUUUCUCCAAACCAUAUUCUUCACAGCCACUGAUUGGUCAGUCCGUACAAGUUUUUGGAAUGUCAACUAUUUUAAUCAUCUCUGAGAAUAAAAAGGUUAGCAGUUUGUGUAUGUUGUCAGUACAGGUCGCAGUGUGUCGGAUCAUCAGUGCAGCAGCUUCUCAACAGUUCAGACUGGUCUUCCCUGAUGUUUCCCAGCUGAUGGAAGUCUGGCUGGUUUUCCUUCAGGUGAUAACACUGCCUGUCUUUAGCAGGGAGCCACGAUGACACCAGAGGACAUUUUCAACACUCUGGAGGAUCUAAAAGUUGAUGAAUUCAAGGAUUUCAAAUGGUAUCUGAAGCUGCCUGACAUCCUGGAAGGCUACCAACCCAUCAAACAGUCCAGGCUGGAGACAGCAGAGAGACGGGACACAGUGGACCUGAUGGUGAACACCUUUACACUUGAUGGAGCUCUGAUGGUGACCAAGAAGAUUUUAGAGAAGAUCAAGAGGAAUGACCUGGUGCAGAGUCUGUCAGCCAGCAGCUCAGGACCAGAAGUGUCAGUGAGUGUCGGUGAUGUUGGAGAGACUCCAGAGAACAGAGGACCUUCUUCCUCUCAGAGUGAAGAUGAGAUUGUUCCAGUACCAAAGCCACAACCCAUCUCAUAUUACCAGAAAAUGAUUCAGUCAAACCUCGAGGAUCGGUUUAAUUGUGCACAAGAGGGGUGGGCACAGAGGAAGGAUGAGCAACCUCUGGUUGAUAUCUACACAGAGCUGUACGUCACAGCUGGGGGUGACGUUAACCUCAACAAACAGCAUGAGGUCAUUCAGAUGGAGGUGAAGCCAACAACAGAGGAAUCAAUUCAACCCUGUGACAUGUUCAAACCCCCCUCUGGUAAAGGAAGAUCCAUAAGAACAGUGCUGACCAAUGGAAUCGCAGGAAUUGGCAAAACAUUUCUUGUCCAGAAGUUUCUGUUGGACUGGACUAACAAAGAACACAAUCAAGAUUUGCAUCUCAUAUUCCCCUUUACCUUCCGCCAGCUGAACUUAUGGAAGGGUGAGAAGUUAAGUCUGACUGAGCUGAUCCAUAAAUCUAUCAGAGAGACCAAAGACAUUCAUGAAGAAGCUCUUAAUCACAUCUUUACGACUCUGCAGUCAUCAGGAAACACCAACUAUGACAAAAGUAAAUUCAAACUAGUGUUUGUUUUGGAUGGACUGGAUGAGAGCCGCCUUCAACUGAACUGUUCGACCAAUAAAAUCAAUGGAACAGACUUUGAUGUGACACAGUCCACCUCAGUGGAUGUGCUGCUGUCAAACCUCAUCAAGAGAAAUCUGCUUCCCUCUGCUCGCCUCUGGAUAACCACACGACCUGCAGCAGCCAAUCAGAUUCAUUCUGAUUUUGUUGACGUGGUGACAGAGGUCAGAGGGUUCACUGACCCACAGAAGGAGGAGUACUUCAGGAAGAGAUUCAGAGAUGAGGAGCAGGCCAGCAGAAUCAUCUCCCACAUCAAGACAUCACGAAGCCUCCACAUCAUGUGCCACAUCCCAGUCUUCUGCUGGAUCACUGCUACAGUUCUGGAGGAUGUGUUGAAGACCAGAGAGGGAGGAGAGCUGCCCAAGACCCUGACUCAGAUGUAUGCAGAGUUCCUGAAGUUUCAGAAUCAUCAGACAAAUGAGAAGUUUGACCAAAACAUGUGCAUUCUGUACAUUAAGACAUUAGCAAAACUGGCUUUCCACCAGCUGAAAAAGGGCAACCUGAUCUUCUAUGAAAGAGAUCUAGAAGAGUGUGGCAUUGAUGUCAGAGGAGCCUCAGUGUUCUCAGGUGUGUUCACAGAGAUCUUUAAAGAGGAACGUGGGAGGAGGAAUGAUGAAGUCAAAAUGUUUAGCUUUGUUCAUCUCAGUGUUCAGGAGUUUUUGGCAGCUUUGUAUGUAGAGAUGUCGCUCAUUAACGAAAACAAGAAUGUGAUGUCAGAGCUACCUCAAACUAUUGGCGAACAUGUGAGAAUGUUUUUCAGCAAAAAGUCUGUGACAGAGGUCCACAGGUUUGCUAUUGACAAGGCCUUACAGAGUCCAAAUGGACACCUGGACCUGUUCCUCCGCUUCCUCCUUGGUCUUUCACUGCAGACCAAUCAGACUCUCCCUCAAGGCCUCCUGAAAAAGAAGAGAAACUUACAGUCCAAUAAGAAAACAGUUGAGUACGUCAAGAAGAAGAUCAGUGAGAAUCUGUCUCCAGAGAGAAGCAUCAAUUUGUUCCACUGUCUGAAUGAACUGAAUGAUGGUUCUCUAGUGGAAGAGAUCCAACAGUACCUGAGAUCAGGAAGUAUCUCCACAGAUCAACUGUCUCUUGAUCAGUGGUCAGCUCUGGGCUUCAUCUUACUGUCAUCAGAAGAAGACCUGGACGUGUUUGACCUGAAGAAAUACUCUGCGUCAGAGGAGGUUCUUCUGAGGCUGCUGCCAGUCGUCAAAGCCUCCAAUAAAGCUCUGCUGAGUGGCUGUAAUCUGUCAGAGAGAAGCUGUGAAGCUCUGUCGUCAAUUCUCGGCUCCAAGUCCUGUAGUCUGAGAGAGCUGGACCUGAGUAACAACGACCUGCAGGAUUUGGGAGUGGAGCCACUGUCCGUUGGACUGAUGAGUCCACACUGUAAACUGGAGUAUCUCAGGUUGAGUGGCUGUAAUAUGUCAGAGAGAAGCUGUGAAGCUCUGUCCUUAGUUCUCAGCUCCCAGUCCUCUAGUCUGAGAGAGCUGGACCUGGGUAACAAUGACCUGCAGGAUUCAGGAGUGAAGCCGCUGUCUAUUGGACUGAAGAGUCCACACUGCAAAAUGGAGACUCUCAGGUUGAGUGGCUGUAAUCUUUCAGAGAGAAGCUGCAAAGCUCUGUCGUUAGUUCUCAGCUCCCAGUCCUCUAGUCUGAGAGAGCUGGACCUGAAUGAUAACAACUUGCAGGAUUCAGGAGUGAAGCUGCUGUCUGUUGGACUGAAGAGCCCACACUGCAAAAUGGAGACUCUCAGGCUGAGCAGCUGUAAUCUGUCAGAGACAAGCUGUGAAGCUCUUUCCUCAGUUAUCAGCUCACGGUCCUCUCAUCUGAGAGAGCUGGACCUGGGUAACAACGACAUUCAGGAUUCAGGAGUGAAGUUGCUGUGUGUUGGACUGAAGAGUCCACACUGUAAACUGGAUACUCUCAGGCUGUCAGGCUGUCUUAUCACAGAGGAAGGCUGUACGUCUCUGGCCUCGGCUCUGAGAUCCAACCCCUCCCAUCUGAGAGAGCUGGACCUUAGCUACAAUCAUUCAGGGGACUCAGGGGUGAAGCUGCUGUCGGCUGGACUUGAGGAUCCAGACUGGAGACUGGACACUCUCAGGGUGGAACAUGGUGGGGAGCAGAGGCUGAAACCUGGUCUGAGGAAGUAUGUCUGUGAACUCACAGUGGGCACAAACACAGUAAACAGACGCCUCAAACUGUCUGACAACAACAGGAAGGUGAAAUAUGUCAGAGAGAAGCAGCCAUAUCCUGAUCAUCCAGAGAGGUUUGACUGGCCUCAGCUGCUGUGUGGAAAUGCUCUGACUGGUUGCUGUUACUGGGAGGUCGAGUGGAGAGGAGAGGUUCAUAUAUCAACUUCAGUACAGCCGUCACCACAGUCUGACACCAGAGAUCCAGUGACGUGAUGACCCUUCCUUCUUCAGGUUCCUUGGUCAGUAACAGGAAGUGGUUGACGUGAGCUGGUGCAGAGCAGC